ACCAUGUUCAAGUUGCUAGUGCUGUGUGCUUUCGUUGCCGGUGGGGCGAUGGCCAUCGGCGAUGUGGUCAAAACAUCAAAUCCCAACUCCCGCAUUACCGGUGGUGAGGAGACCGAUCCACGUGCUGUGCCAUUCAUCGUGGGGAUUUUAAUUUCCGGCUCAUCUUCCCAUUCGUUCUGUGCUGGUAUACUGAUUUCGCAGACGCAUGUCCUCACCACGGCCAGUUGUGUGUCGAGUCGUCCAACGCUGACCGUACUUCUGGGCGCGAGUGACAUGACACGCAUUCAACAGUUUAUCGGUGUGGCAAACAUACUCGUCCAUCCGAACUAUAGCUCGCUGCUGAAUCGGGAUGAUCUUGCAAUCCUCACCAUGGAUCGGCCUACCCCACUGAACGAAUACAUCCAGUUGGCUAAUCUGCCCCGUUGGUCGCAUAUGGGCAACACGUUCAACGGGUUCGGAACCACGAUCAGUGGCUGGGGAAAUACGGGAAAUCGAGACAACGAACCCAUCCCGAUACCGACCCUACACUCCAUCCGAACGCCGGUGAUUAGUAACACCGUGUGUGGAUUGUCUCACAACUUCAUCCGUGAUGAUCAUAUCUGCACGUCAGGAGAUGUUGGAGGUCCUUGCAAUGGUGAUGAUGGAGGCCCAGUUACGAUUACCGAAGCCGGGGAACCGAUCGUGAUCGGUAUGCACUCAUUCCACUACAGCGGACUGUUCGGGUGUGAUCGUGGCCGUUCCGCAGUGCAUGUGCGUCUUAGCAAUUAUCUCAGCUGGAUCGAAGCCAACUCGGACGCGGUAAUCAGACCGUAAACGGUA